GCCGUAUGUUAAUAGUUAUCAUCGUGUAGCAUCGAAGCAGUCGGCUGGUUAAUUGACUGCCAGUUCGUUGGCGAAGACUCGUGGCGAGGGUCGAGGAUUGUUGUUCAGUGAAUUUAUCAACCUAUAUCCCGCCUUUCGUUCACCAUAGCGAAGUAGUUACCGUGACACGCUAUCGCAAUAUGCAUCGUUGUGGAGUAUAUUUGUCUACAGUAUUCCUCUUCCUCGUCGUUGUGGUAUUCUCGUCAUCACCGUGUUCGGCCACCAACAAUGUUCGUGUCUUCAACACGACGUUCGUCAACACGACUAGGUUACCACUAAAAAUACUCGGGAUCUUUGGCCACUUCGGCAAGAGCCACUUCGAUGUAUUCAAGCCGCUCCUAGAGGAACUAGCGCGCCGAGGUCACCAGGUCACGGUCAUAUCAUAUUUCCCUAGAAGUGAGAGUGCCAAGGCGAAAGAGUCACUGCCGACUUAUAAAGAUAUCAGCAUAUGCGACCCCGCAAUUAACUACGUGAAUAUCAUCGAUCUUCAUAUGAUCAAGCACAAUGUCUUUCGUCCGCUAUAUGAACUCAUAAUGUUAAGAUUCAUGGCUAAUACAGCGUGCAAGGUCGGUUUAAACCAUCCGGCUAUCAAAGAAUUCCUCCGGUCCGAUGAAAAGUUCAACUUGAUCAUCACGGAGGCCUUCAACACCGAUUGCUUCUUAGGUUUCGUUCAUAGAUUCAAGACGCCUUACAUUAGUCUAUCGUCGCAUCAGAUUAUGCCAUGGAUAAACAAGGACAUCGGCAACGAAGACAAUCCUAGUUACAUUCCGAAUGUAUUUUUGGGACUAAGCAGGCCUAUAAAUUUAAUCAACAGACUGUUGAACACGGUAGUAUUAUUGUUGACCAAAUUAGCCUACGAAUAUUGGUUCCGAUUUCACGAUCAAUCGAUCGCCAAUGAGGUGUUUGGGCCAGAUCUUCCUGACUUGAGAAAGAUCUCGAAGCAAGUGCAGGCAAUAUUGCUGAAUACCCACAGCAGUCUCCACGGCAGUGUGCCUUUAUUACCAAACGUCGUAGAGAUCGGUGGCCUUCACAUUUCACCUCGAGUGAAUCCAUUGCCUAAAGAUAUAGCCGAAUUUCUGGAUAACGCGCACGAAGGAGUACUUUAUUUUAAUCUAGGCUCUAUGAUUAAGAUGUCGACGAUGCCGCAGAAAAAUCUGGACGCGAUAUUCGACGUGCUCAGCUCCAUUCCGCGAAAAGUGAUUUGGAAAUGGGAAAGUGACGUUUUGUCACGUAAACUAGACAACGUUAUGACCAAGAAGUGGUUACCACAGCUUGACGUGUUGAGUCAUCCGAACGUUAAGGUCUACAUGGGUCAUGGCGGACUUCUCGGUCUCUCGGAGGGUGUCUACACGGGUGUGCCGAUGGUCCUAAUACCAAUGUUCGGCGAUCAAUUCUACAAUUCAGCCGCCGCGAAAAACAGAGGUAUCGCAGAGGUAAUCGCGUUCAAUGAGCUGGACGAACAUUCCUUGAGACGUGCCUUGGACAAAAUCUUCAACGACACCAGCUAUUUCGAGAACGCCCAGAGGCUUUCGAAAGCUUUCCGUGAUCGACCUGCUACGCCAUUGGAGACUGCGGUAUGGUGGACGGAAUACAUCGCCCGUGGCAACGGCGGUUCUUACCUGCACAGCUAUGCCGCGGAUGUCGUUUGGUAUCAAUAUUAUCAUAUCGACUUCGCGCUCAUUUCGAUUAUCGUCAUCGCGUUGCUCAUCUACAUCAUCUACCGGCUGAUCAAGCUGCUGCUAUGGCUGCUCCAUGCUGUCAAAGGAAUGCUGGGAAGUGGAACCAAAAAGACGAACAAGAAGGAGGAUUAAUGACGACGAUGGCGGACGUUUCGCCAUAGGGACAAGAAUUGAAAGGUCGUUCUACAUUAGUUGCAAGCAGCUAAUCGCACGAUCGCAUUGUCGCAAAACGCAAAACUUUUGCGAUAUGAGCUUCUAGAUUUCAAUCGUUAAUCGCAUGUCAUAGCGAAUCAGAGACGAGAAUGUUUCAUUGACAUCCAUGAGGCUCUGUCACAGGAAAGAGGAACCGAUGUCAAGAUGAACAUAGAGCCAUGUGUAAACCGCAUUCUACAAUAAACUAUUAGUCAUAAGUCUCAAGCAAAUUGACCAAUCACAGUCGGCUAUUUUAAAAAAUAAUCGACUAUGGUUGCUCAAUUUGCCUAUGACUUAUGACUAAUAGCUUAUUGUAGAAUGUGCCUAACAAAUAUGUAAAAUAUGAAAGUAAACAAACAAGGACUGACAGGUAAAGUUGACGCUAUAAAGCUAUAUAUGUGAAGCUCGACGCUGAUUGGUUGUCGCAAGAUCGCAGAGACGCAAACUUUGAACUUUAGCAAACUUUGCGAUUACUGCUUGCGAUUAGAUUACAAUCGGAAACAGUGCUGCUUGCGAUCAUGCGAUUGGCUGCUUGCAACUAGUGUAGAACCAGUUGUAAAGAAUUUUGUAGCGAACACGGCGAAAAACAAACGUGGUUUUUUCCCGUAAAAAUAUCAAAAUUUGAUUUCGAAUUUUGAGCCGUUCCACAAAAAGAAUAAAAGAGAUAGGACGAAGCCGCCUUUUUUCAUUUUCGCAUGAAACCGUAAGGAACGUUGCAUAUACACAACGGUAUGUUUUUAAUAAAUAAUUGUAGAAGUAUCUCUUUCGAUAUACAUUGGUUAUGAACAAUUCGUGUUAUAGACUUUUCUUCAUACGAGCUGCUAGAUAAUAUUAAUUAGUACAACAGAUGCUAUUAACGUAAGCUAGCAAUUAAUAAUUGUAAUAUCAGAAAUAUCGGUGGGAGAAUGAGAAUAGUCGAGACAUACAGAAAUAUAUAUCAGCACUGCGAGAGUUUAUUCGUCGCAAAAUUCACCAAGAGACAGAAAUAUCUCUUACUAUUGCGCAAUAUUAUGAAAUCUCUCGUUUCGCGCGGGAAACGAGAGAUCUUAUCGCGAUUAUUUUUCGUUCGUUUUACAAUUUAGUGCGACGUUUUUCCAGGAAGGGACCAAUUGACCUUUUCCCUCCCAUUGCCUUUCGCGUCGAAUUUCAAAUAUUUAUAUGUUCAACGUAGAAAAGUAGUAAAAGUAGGUAAUGAUAGUAACAAUAAUCUGUCCUAAUUGAAUCUAAUUCUCUCAGUCGCCCGGUCCACGUAUACAUACCCCUCUCCCCUACAAAUAAACAGAUCAACAACAACAAUCUCCACAAUCUUCUCUUUAUCUCUCCUCUUCAAGUAUAAAUGUACCUUCCGUCUCAUUGGACGCAUUUUUCGUGGUAGUUUCUUUAGUUAAAUUUUAUGUAAUCUACUUAAGCUCUCUUUCCGUCUUAACACUCUUUUAUUAAGUAAGUUAAAUAAUACUGACGUAAAAUAAAUUUUUGAACUUACCGUUUUAAAUUAUGAGACAGUAUAACUCAACGUGAUCGAAAGAGUUAAUAUUCUGGCAUGCACAAGUUGCAACAUAUGUUUUUCUAGAAUGAUUGAUCUGGGUACCGCCGCGGAGCUUACUCCCCACGUACGAUGAGCCGAUUUUUAUACGUGCAACCUACUUAGUUACCUGAAACAUUAGUUAGAACUAGCGGGAAGUUAUGGUCGGUCUAUUUUCAGCUCAAUUAUUACUAGUAGUUUCUUCUCCGAGGCGCAGAUUUCAAAUCGAUCGUGGAAUAAAGUCAUUUAAUUCUUAGACACUUCUGCGAUAUUUUACGAUAUGUACAAGUGCAAUCGUUAACUAAAACUCGUCCGAGCUGCGCGCGUACAGAUGGUGUGGAACUUAUAGUACGCGAGUUUUUUUAUUUCCUUCUGUUUUAUGGAGUAAUGGCGAAACUAUCCUUCAUUUUCCGCCGACUUGCGUCGCAUAAAGCAUUUGUUCCUUCGUUCCGGUUACAGUCAAAGUUAAAGUUUAUUUUCUUUUAUCGUAGCACACAUGACAAAGCUUGAUAUCGCUGUUCAUAUUGAUAAAUGUGUACAGUAACAUUUCUGACAAAGCUUCAUACUAAUUUGUAUUUCAAUAAUAUAUAAAUGUUGUAAAUUAAUAUUGUUAAUGAAUAAAUGUUAUAUAAUGUUACGUUUA